CUCGCCCAAAUUCCCAGAUCCCCACGCCACGCACGCGCACCUCCCCGUCCGUCCGUCCAUCCCACAGCCGGUGGUGCCUCGUCGGCGCGUGCUGCUCUGCCCCGCCACCGCACCGCCGCCUCGCUAGUUCGACGCCACCCCACCAGCCGGGGACAACCAUGACUACUUCAAGGCGCCUUGCUGACAGGAAGACCGCAAAGUUCCAGAAGAACAUCACCAGGAGGGGUUCAGUGCCUGAAACCACUGUCAAGAAGGGGAAUGACUACCCUGUUGGACCUGUAGUGCUUGGCUUCUUCAUCUUCGUUGUCAUCGGAUCAUCGUUGUUUCAGAUAAUCAGGACGGCAGCCAGUGGCGGAAUGGCUUAAGAACCGACCGAACUAAUCAGAGUCCAGAGAUAUGUUUGUUAUACAUGCAUCCAAUCCAGAAUUGGGUAGCAGCUAAAUGUCCAGUGCUGUCAUACUUAUACUGUAUUCGUUUUGUCUCGAGAGUGCUGAGUCUGAAACUAGUGUCUGAAGAACUGUAAAGCAAAAUCAUGUGCCUCAAAAGUGUUAAAUGGAUAAUUAUCAGAUAGUAUAAUGUUUCAUUCAUUAUCUCCA